AUGUUUGCUUUGGCAGUAUUAGUAUUGAAUAUGCUCGUGCUCGCACUCGCCCCUUGUGAAUUAUGCUUACAAGUUUUUGGAUUGAAUCUGCUCGUAUUGGUACUCGCACUCGUCCCGUGUGAAGUGUACUAUUUGAUCGUGCAGGAAUUAUUCAACACAAUUCAAUGCCGUGGACCAACUACAGGACACUCACUGGAAACUCUUCAUCGUGCUGUUGUCGCCGAGUCUUGGAGCCCAGAGGUCGUGGAAACGCGACCGGACAGCGGAAGCAUUGAGACGCCAGGCACUGCCGGUGUCGUCCCCUGGAUGGCUUUGAUGGCAGGGGCUCUGGUGCUGCUCUUGGCUGUUUACUGGAAGCCUAAACUCAUUGGAUGCGAUGACCUUGAUCACGAAGAAGACGACCAGGAAGUGCCCUCAUUGGAUUCAAUUCUGGACACCGAGGAUCUGGAAUGUUCUGAGGAGGAGGAGGAGGAGGUGGAAGAACCUGACAGCUAUAAUGAUGAUGAUGAUGAUAUGGAAGAACUUGACAGCUCUGAUGCUGAUUCUGAUGAUGGGGAGGAGGAGGAGGAGGAGGAAGAAUUGGACAGUUCUGAUGCUGAUUCUGAUGAGGACGCAGAGGAGGAGGCGGAGGUGGAAGAAGAAUUCGACAGCUCUGAUUUUGAUGAUGACGUAGAGGAGGAGGAGGAGGAGGUGGAGGAAAAACUCGACAGCCAUCACGAUGAUGAAAAGGGAGAGCAAGAGGAGGAGAAGGAGGAGGAAGAAGAAGAAAUUUCGGAAACAGAGGAGCUUGAAACAACCGAGGUAAAGGAGGAGGAGGAGGAGGAGGAGGAUGAACUGGAACGCCUGUUGCACGAGGCAAAGAAAGAUAUCGUGAGGCUUCAGAAAGAAAUUUUGGACAAGGAUCUUCUGAUACAAAAGAAAGCAGCCGAGGAAACCGAAAUCAAAAAUGAAAACGAGGUUCUGAAAAUGGAAAAGGUACAUCUGCAGUAUCAAAAUCGAAAGCUGGAGGAAGAUUGCGAACUGGCUUUAGGCUGCGCCGACGUCAUGGGAAACUUACACAAAGAACUGAUGGAUGAAACAACGUUUCUGGAGAAUCGAUUGGAGGAGAAAGAUCACAUGUUGAGAAAGAGAGACGUUGAAGACAGAGAACUACGAAGUUAUUUCCAGCAAACGAUGGUUGAGAAAGACAAGGAACUGGAGAGCGCUUUGGAGAGGGCAAUUGAAAUAAGCCUUGAACUGAAGGAAAUGGAAACAAUCAAUGAAGCUCUUGCUUCAGAGAAGGAAUGUCUAAAGAGGGCAAAUGAAGACUAUAGGAAUGCCUUGGUCGAGAAGGAGAGAGAAGUAAACCACCUGCAGGACUUACUGGUACACAAAGCUGUAGAAGCUGAGAAGGACCAAAGGCAAAUCGGAAUACAAGAAAGUCAGAUUUUGGACAUGAAAGAGGACCACAUCGCUCUCCAAAGACAACUAGAGCUCACAAAAUCAGAAAAUUCCAGACUUGAGGAGCUAACUACUUGCUACAAAGGUCAACUUGCAGCUUGCCACGGAAAUGUAGCCAAGCUUGAAGACAAAAAUUGUGAGCUCGAGAAGAACCUCGUAAAUGAGACCCAGACAAAUAUCAGCCUUCAGAAUGAGGUCCUGAUACUAAAUGACCGAGUUCAGUCGCUGCAGUCAGCGUUGCACCAUAAAGAAUCUCGAUUGGUCUCGGCAGCAGAAGCUCUAAACAAUGAAAGAGCCAAAAAUGAGAUCACUGGCGCAGAACUUGAAGUCAUGAAAAACUGGGUAUCAGAAUUAGGAGGUGAGAAUGCCAAGAUCAAGGAAGACUUAGGAGAUGCAAUCUUGGUAAUUACUUCACUGAAGAAAGAGUUGGGAGAAGAACUGAAGAGGACCCAAAUUUUGAUGCAAGAAGUCCAGGCAAUGAAGAACUGGGUAUCGGAACUGGGAGGACAAAAUGCCGAGAUUAAGGAAGAUUUAGAAGAUAAGUGCCUGGAGUUAAGAGACAAACAUAAGCAGACCCAAAUUCUGAGGGAUGAAGUCCAGGUAAUGAGGAACUGGGUCUCUGAAUUAGGAGGAGAAAACGCCACCAUUAAAGAAGACUUAGAAGAAGCGCUCCUGGAAGUGACCAAACUCAAGAAGUCUUUGGUAAACGAGAAAAGGAAUGCUCUCCAUCACAGGAACGAAAUGGAAACCCUAUUGCAAGAAGAAAGGAAAAGAGGCAACGAAAUGGAGACAUCCCUAAGAACUAUAAAAUUGGAGCUCCACACAAAGCAACAGCUGAUAGAGAAUUUCUUAAACGCAGAAAGAAAAUUGAUACUUGAGAAACAGGAACUGGAAGACAAACUAGAAGUUGCCCUCAAUCUUGGAAAGGAGCUUGAGAGGGAAAGCAGUGAAAGGAUACUGCAUUACCAGGAGAAGCUCAAGGAUAAGGAGAAUGAAAAGGACAAGCUAAAGGAACGGAAGGAACAGCUGCAGAAGAACUUGGAAAGUGCUAUGUCCCAACUACAGAACUUGGAGUCUUCUUUAAAGCUUGCAGAAGGAGAGAUCUGCUCUUUGAAGAAGGCAGAAAACACAAACCUCCAAGAACUGGAACACCUUAGGAAAGAAUGUGAAAGAUUGAGAGAAAAGUGCAGGAUUCAAGACGAAAAUAUAAUUAAAGAACAAAAACGUGUCAGGGAGCACCUAAGGAUGCAGGAGGAAGAAUUGAGAAAUCAGGAUAAGUACAUGUUAAUGGCACUCCUCCAUGGAACUGCCCAGAGAAACUUCUAUUUGGAACACAUAGCACUGGACCAUAGAAACAAAGACCUAGACAAUGAAACCCUGAAAAACAGUCAAGAAGAAAACAAGCGCCUGGACCAAGAAGAGGACCUACAGCAACAACUACAGAAAGUAGAAGAAGAUCAGUACAGAGAGUACUGCAACGCCCAAAGAGAGAAGAAAGACUAUGGGAAGCAGUGGGAGGUCCUUACACAGAUGGUGGAGGAUUUAAUUGAGGGAGAUGACCGAAAGAAUUGCUAA